GCAACCUGCUGCGGAAAUGUCGUAUUGCCGAAACCGGACACAAAUGAAAAUUACCUUAUUUUAAAUUAAACCGUCCACACGAUCCGGUAUUCCGCAUGCGGUGCUGAUUUAUUUAUUUUAAAUUUUAUUAAAUUGUGAAUAGUGCUAAAAAAAUUUAAAAAAUGUUUGAUUACGAAAAAAUGAUAAUCGAAAUUGAGUCAAGGCCAUGUUUAUGGGAUGUCGGGUGUCGGGUCAAAAGAAUAUAGUGAUAAAAAUUUAAGAACCUUAUCAUGGAAUUCUGUCGCUGAAGCCAUGUAUGCCGAAUGGAAUGAACUUUCGCCAUCACAAAAAGAUGAAAAAGUUAAAGAUUUAAAAGAAAAAAGAUGGAGAAAUGUCCGUGACUAUUAUAUGAAGUGGAACAAAGAGGAGAAUUCGACCCCAUCUGGUUCGGGUGCAUCAAAAAAGAAAAAGUACCAUUAUGCUGAUAUUUUUUCAUUUUUAAAACCAGUUGCUGAAAAAAGAAGUACAACUGGAAAUUUUGAAGAUAACCUCGACGAAAGUGUUCAAGUCGAACAAACUUUUGAAGAAAUUAGCCCGACUAGUGAAACUGAGCAGAAUGCAAUAGCCUCUACAUCCACUUCUCAAGUACACACAAAAAAAUUUAAAAAAACUGUAAAAGAAACCCCGAUUACUCCGUUCCAAAAUAAAUUAUUAACUUAUUUAGAGGAAAGAGAGUGCAAUGAUCCUGAUAAACAUUUUUUAUUGUCUUUAUUACCAGACUACAAAAACCUUAAUGAUUCCCAAAAAUUAGACUUUCGUAUUAAUGCCCUUAACUUUUUUAAAAAUGCAAAUCAAACCCAUAAUAUUAGUUCAUCUUCUUCGACGUAUCAACCGGCAAAUGUAUAUCAGAAUAAUAACUCAUAUCAGGAUUCCUCAUCUUUUUAUUUACCUCCGCAUAGACAACCUGAAAUCAACAAUCCAUAUUAUCCCAACGUUGUACCUCCAUAUCCUCAACCUGUAGUGUAUUCACCUACACCUCAACCUCAAUUCUCACA